AUGGCUCACCAAGCUGACACGACCCCUGCGCCCACUGCGGCCGAGUUGGAGAUGCACCGCCCGCCCACCGCGGCCGAACUGGAGGAGAUGUACCCCACACCCAUCGACGCGACCCAGCCAAGCGACGAACCGCUUCCUAUCCAACCUCGGAAGAGUUUUAGCGCGCUUACCCUUAAGGACUUUAUCCGCGAGCUCACCGAGGUCGAUCUGGAUGAGAUGUACCCCCCCACACCCAUCGAGCGAGAAAAACCGCUUUUUAGGAAGAGUCUCGACGCGCUUCCCCUUAAGGACUCUAUCCGCGAGGUCUUGAAGUACCGCACCGAGGUCGUCGAGACGCCCACGGAGUGGAUCAUAGGCGGGCGCCUCCUCCUCACCCACCACCCGCUUGCCGAGUCUCCGCCGGCCGGCAAAACAUCCUGGCCCGGCGGCGAGCGCGACAAGGGUUACUACACCCUCGAGGACGCACCCCAGCCGCUACCAUGGUCUCGCCCCGUGCGCGAAGGGCGGUUCGAGGAGUGGAGGAAACCGUACAGCCAGCUUUCCAUACGCCGCAUCGGCGAGGCUGAUCUCAAAGUCAGCCUUAUCACGUAUCCGUUUGAAACAGAGGUAACGCGCGAACACGUCGUCCUGGAGUGGCUGGCCCAAAGGAAGGAGCACUUCAGCUUUGACUUCCCCCAGGUCCUCCACCACCACCAGCUCCACGGACGCUACUUCUUGCUUGUGCGCCGUCCCGAAGGCAAGCAACUCCAGCUCAAGGCCGCCUCCAUGAGCGACCAAGAGAAGGAAGACAUACAGAGGUGUCUGCGCCGCAUCAUCUCAAAGGAGCUGGGAGGCUUUACGGGGCACGGCCAGCCCCAGGCCGUCGAUGGGGGUGUUCCCGCUAUGAAAGGGACUGCUGGGGAUCUGUACCUCGCCCAUGUUGACAUUGCCAGUAACGUAUUGGUUGGCGACGACAACAAGAUCGUCACCAUUGCCAACUGGGAGCUGGCCUCGCUUCUGACCUACUGCGAAGGAGUUUGCCGCGACAUGCUGGAGGUCGAGAAAGUCCUGUGGAUGCCGUGGAAACCCUUUGUCUUCCCGGAGUAG